GUAUACAUAUAAUGGUUUUGGUGUAGAAGUUGUACGAACAGCCGACGCAAAUAAAUCUAGUGUUCAGUUCCGUUUCCGGUCUAAGGAUGUUUUAAAUGUUACGCAAUGGCGACGGUUCAAUAUGAGUGAUCAAUUUUAAAAAUAACUUUAAUGAUUUCAACCUUCUUGCAGUUUUAAGAUUAUUUUAAAUCAUGGCAUUCUAUGAAGCUAUGCACAAUGCGCCAAAUCUAUUAAGAUUUUCAAGGAGGGUUGAACACACUGAUGUUCCAACAGUAAUGAAUCUGUUUAGAGAUAAAGUGACAAAAGAACUCUUUGGGAACGUGAAUGUUUCAGAGCUGAUAGAGAUGGCGUACCUGAGCCUCGCUCAGCUGGACUCCAGUUCCAGCGGGAUCGUGGCGUGUCUGUUCCUCUGUGACUUCCCGAACGUGCCGGCCGUCCCAAGAGGGUGCUGGGUCGACUGGCUCCGGCAGCACUACAGGCUGGAGCAGGCCAGUGCGGGCAACACGCUGUUCGUGCACCUGCUGGUGUGGGAGCCGAGCCACACCCACCAGUUCCUCCGCCCGCUGCUCUGCUCCGUGUUCCUGGAGUUGCCCCGGCUGCGGAACAUCGUCGUGGUGGUCCCGCCGGGCGCCAAGAAGUACGACAUCCUGGACGAGUUCUUCACGCAGAUCGUCCCGCAGCCCGUGACGCAGCACGCCCGGGUGCAGACGGUGCUGCUGUGCAUGAGGCAGCAGCUGGUGCAGCGGCUGAAAGUGCGCAGGGCCGUCGAGGAGGACAACGACGAUCUGAUGCCCAUCCUGGACAAAACAGGUCGACUCAAGGAGCAGUUCGGAGAGUUCUACGUCAGCGACCUGAUCAGGACUUCCGAUGAAACCAGGAAGAUGAUAGUGCCCGAGGUCCUGGAGAGAGCCGUCGGCGUGAUGUGCGUCAGCUCGAGCGUGGACUACGCGCAGUUGGACGAGUUGUUCGAGCUGGGGCCGUUCAACGGCCUGAAGCGCUCGCCCGCGCUCCCGCUGAAGCCCCCCGCCACACGGGUCUGCGCUGACUCCGACGACCAGUUCAAUGAUGGAUCCGAAGAAAGCCUGGUCCAGCAUAGAGAUCCAGAUCCAAGCCUGGAUGAGGACGCAUUGGCUUCCCUGGAGCUGAGCCAAGAGUCAAGCUGGGAGUUUAGCCACGAGCCGAGCCAGGAGUUGAGCCAAGAGUCAAGCUGGGAGCUGAGCCGAGAGCCGAGCAAAGAUCCGAGCCGGAAGUUGAGCCAAGAGCCAAGCCAGGAGCUAAGCCGAGAGCCGAGCAAAGAUCUGAGCCGGAAGUUGAGCCAAGAUCUGAGCCAGGAGCUGAGCCAAGAGCCGAGCAAAGAUCCGAACCGGAAGUUGAGCCAAGAGCCAAGCCAGGAGCAAAGCCAAGAGCCGAGCAAAGAUCCGAGUCGGAAGUUGAGCCAGGAGCUGAACCAAGAGCCGAGCAAAGAUCCGAGCCGGAAGUUGAGCCAAGAUCUGAGCCAGGAGCUGAGCCAAGAGCCGAGCAAAGAUCCGAGCCGGAAGUUAAGCCAAGAUCUGAGCCAGGAGCUGAGCCAAGAGCCGAGCAAAGAUCCGAACCGGAAGUUGAGCCAGGAGCCAAGCCAGGAGCAAAGCCAAGAGCCGAGCAAAGAUCCGAGUCGGAAGUUGAGCCAGGAGCUGAACCAAGAGCCGAGCAAAGAUCCGAGCCGGAAGUUGAGCCAAGAGCCAAGCCAGGAGCUAAGCCAAGAGCCGAGCAAAGAUCCGAGUCGGAAGUUGAGCCAGGAGUUGAACCAAGAGCCGAGCAAAGAUCCGAGCCGGAAGUUGAGCCAAGAUCCGAGCCAGGAGCUGAGCCAAGAGCUGAGCAAAGAUCCGAGCCAGAAGUUGAGCCAAGAGCCAAGCCAGGAGCUAAGCCAAGAGCCGAGCAAAGAUCCGAGCCGGAAGUUGAGCCAAGAACCAAGCCAGGAGCUAAGCCGAGAGCCGAGCAAAGAUCCGAGCCGAAAGUUGAGCCAGGAGCUGAGCCAUAAGCCGAGCCGGAAGCUGAGCCAAGAGCCGAGCCGGGAUCUGAGCCGAGAGCCAACCAGGAAGCUGUUCCAGGAUGUCGGCCCAGUGUCGGAGCACAGGAGCACCAUAUCAGACCUGAACAUAGAAGUCAGAAUGCCAGAUGUUUCCGCAACUGAUGGUGACCUCCCGAACGCUUUUAUGAUUGAAGUGUUUGCACUGCAUGAAGAUGUAGACGAAAGGUUCUCGCUCGACAUGCUGGAGGCAGCGUUCGACUGCUUCCCGGACCUCGACUACUGCAUCGCGACUCUUCCGUCGGCCUACACCCUCCGGCCCCUCCUCGAGCACUUUAUGAGAGUCCCGACCAAGACGGUGUGCUCCGCUCGGACCGAGCUGUGUGUGGCUCACAGGAACUCCUUCCUCAGUGAGAUGGUGGUGCGAAGGGCGACCCUGGGAGACGUCCCGUCCCUGCAAGCUCUGCUGGGGAGGAUCGAGAAGUGGUACGAGAUCCUGGUGGACGUGAUGACGUCGCUGCGGCGCGGGGAGCCCGCGCUGCUGUCCUUCGUCAUCACCUCGGAGGAGAGCGUCAUCGGCCUCGCCGUCAUCAGGGGCGGGGAAGACGUGUCCUACCUGUGGGCGCACUACCAGCUGGAGCGCUACGCCCUGCGCAAGGCGCACGGCCCGGAGCAGCACGGCCUGGUGCGACACCUGGUGCUGAGCCCCGCCUUCAACUACCACGCCCGCUUCUUCCUGGCCGAGAUCCACCGGCAGAGCGACGUCACCUGCCUGUACGCCCCGCUGCCCCACCACUCCCCCUCGCAGGGGACGGUGACGGUGCUGGGCUACAUGGUCCCGGUGCUGCCGCGCCGCCGCACCGAGUACGACCUGGCGAAGCUGUCCAUGCGGGAGCCGGGGGACCACGUGACCGGGCGCCGCCCGCCCUGCGCGCUCUACCACAUGUGCAAGCGGCUCAGCAGCCUGCGCAAGCUUGCCGUGGGCACGCGCGUCGUCGUGCUCGGAGCCUCGGACGCCGCGCUCGGCUUCCUGGAGCGCCUGCUCUUCGGGCCGUGGUGCGCGUACCUGACCUUCUGCAACGUGACGCUGGUGUCGCGGUACGGCCUGCCCUCGGCGCCGGGCCGCGGCCUGCUGCCCCGCCGCUCGCGCUUCAGCCCCGCCUACCUGGCGCUGCUGUCGCUGCCCACCUGGGUCAACGUGGUGCACGGCGACGUCACCGCCAUCGACAGGCAAGGGAAGAACAUACGCAUAAAUGACAAGUCGGUCCUGCCGUACAGCUACUUGCUGAUCUUCAGCGACGACGAGUUCCUGGCUCCGGAGCGCGGCAACGACAGAGUGGUCUCUCCCAGAGAGCGGUGGCUGGCCUCUGCGAGGGUCAAGGAAGAGCCUGCUGUGAAGCCAGAGCCUCAGAACGUGUUCUACAUCAACUCUGCCCCAGACGUGGCCAGAGCAUUGGGUGCUUUAAACGAAAUCAUGAGAGAACUCCAGGACUGCAACAUCGUCGUGUACGGACACAACAUGGAGGCCUUCUGCUGCGUGGCCGCGCUGCUCGACCACGGCCUUCCAGGCACCUGCAUCAGCUUCGUCGAGCCGUUCUCUUUGCCCUCCGUGACCUGCUUCAACGACCUGGACGUGUACCAGGCCGUGCUCUCGGAGCUGCGCAAGGAAGGCGUGAAGGUGUUCUCGGGCUGCCACCUCCACCACUGGGUCGUGCGCGGCGAAGAGGAGCCGGUCGUCACUACCCUGGCGAUCGAAGCGCAAACCUACUGCUUCUGCAUGAAGUGCUCGGUGUUGUUCUUCUACGGCAACAAAGAAGUCAGUGACGAGCUGUUCAACGUGCUGAACGGAGCGUCUCUGGUGUACGACGGUCGCCUCGUCAUCAACACCCAGUUCCAGACCAACGACCCGUGCAUUCUGGCCGCAGGACGCGUCACCAAGUACACCCGCGCUCUGUGGGCCGACAAGUUCAACCACUGCCUGUACAACCUGGCAGAGGUCGGAGCCAAGGUGGCUGACAGCAUGAUGAAGCAGUGGGACCCGACCAGGAGACAGGCGGAGGCGGAGGCGGAGGACAGCGGGCAGAUGCCGCACGUGUUCAGCGAGCCAAUAGCGGUGAGCUGCGUCCUGCCCGGGAGAGUCAACUACCUGCACGUCAGGAGGCCCGGGCCCUCGGAGCCCCAGGAGACAGCAAUGAGGAAGGACGGUUACGGCGUGGUCCUGCUGACGGGCGGCUGCGGCGACAGGAACUACUUCAGGCUGCACCUGGACGCCCUGGGCAAGGUGGAGACCGUCACCUGCUACACAGACCAGACCAUCGCUGUGGGCAACCUGAUAAGCUUGUACGGGAAGCACGAGAAGCUGUGCAACAACCUGCUGACGAGGUUCGAGUCCGGACGCAUCACCGACCUAUACGACUACUUCUCCGAGCCGUGGGCCUACGCCUUGUUCCACGACCAGUUCGAGUCCUUCAAUGAAAAAGCAAGGCACAUGUACAGCCCUCAUGAACCGGCGGGGGCGAGGGCGCUCGCGGAGGCGCCCUGCUGCGACAGCGAGCUGGCCCGGCGGCUGGCCCGAUACCUCGGCGAGAGCGCUGAGCACCUGCCCAUGUACGCCGACCCCCGGCUGCUGAGGCUGCUGACCCACGAGCGGGAGUUCAGCCCGCUGCACCGCAAGCCCCCGCGCGUCGUGUCCUUCGCCCUCAACACCCUGCCGGCGGGCACCUGAACAACCACCGUGCACUGCAGCCAACCAACACAAAACAAUGCCUGUGAAAUAAAUACAAAAAUAAACCUAAAAAAUAUAUUUUUUAAAACAA